CGGGAGGCAGAGCAGCGAGCGAGGGCGUCGGCCAUUUUGUGGCUGUUUCCUGUGGGACGUGGUGGUGGCCGUUGGGUCGGAAGAGCGAAGCGAUUUUUCGCCGCGUUUUUCCUGCUUGUUUUUUCCUCCCUUUGUUUUUUCGGUCGGUACAGCGCAGUUAUGGGUCGCAAGAAGAAGAAGCAGCUGAAGCCGUGGUGCUGGUAUUGUAAUAGAGAUUUUGAUGAUGAAAAAAUCCUUAUACAGCACCAAAAAGCAAAGCAUUUUAAAUGCCAUAUAUGUCAUAAGAAACUAUAUACAGGACCUGGCUUAGCUAUUCAUUGCAUGCAGGUGCAUAAAGAGACAAUAGAUGCUGUACCAAAUGCAAUACCUGGGAGAACAGACAUAGAGUUGGAAAUAUAUGGUAUGGAAGGUAUUCCAGAAAAAGACAUGGAUGAAAGAAGACGACUUCUUGAACAAAAAACACAAGAGAGUCAAAAAAAGAAGCAACAAGAUGAUUCUGAUGAAUAUGAUGAUGAUGAUUCUGCAGCUUCAACUUCAUUUCAACCACAGCCUGUUCAGCCUCAGCAAGGUUAUAUCCCCCCAAUGGCACAACCAGGAUUGCCACCAGUUCCGGGAGCACCAGGAAUGCCUCCAGGCAUACCUCCGUUAAUGCCGGGUGUUCCUCCUCUGAUGCCAGGAAUGCCACCAGUUAUGCCAGGCAUGCCACCUGGAUUGCAUCAUCAGAGAAAAUACACCCAGUCAUUUUGCGGUGAAAACAUAAUGAUGCCAAUGGGUGGAAUGAUGCCACCUGGACCAGGAAUACCACCUCUGAUGCCUGGUAUGCCUCCAGGUAUGCCCCCACCUGUUCCACGUCCUGGAAUUCCUCCAAUGACUCAAUCACAGGCUGUUUCAGCGCCAGGUAUUCUUAACAGACCACCUGCACCAACAGCAACAGUUCCUGCUCCGCAGCCUCCGGUUACUAAGCCUCUUUUCCCCAGUGCAGGACAGAUGGGGACACCUGUCACAAGCUCAAGUACAGCUUCAUCCAAUUCAGAAAGUCUGUCUGCAUCUUCUAAAGCUCUGUUUCCUAGCACAGCACAAGCUCAGGCGGCUGUCCAAGGACCUGUUGGUACAGAUUUCAAGCCUUUAAAUAGUACCCCUGCAACAACUACAGAACCCCCAAAGCCUACAUUCCCUGCAUAUACCCAGUCUACAGCUUCAACCACUAGUACAACAAAUAGCACUGCAGCUAAACCAGCAGCUUCAAUAACAAGUAAGCCUGCUACACUCACCACAACCAGUGCAACCAGUAAGUUGAUCCAUCCAGAUGAGGAUAUAUCACUGGAAGAGAGAAGAGCACAGUUACCUAAAUACCAACGUAAUCUUCCUCGACCAGGACAGGCUCCUAUUGGUAAUCCACCUGUUGGCCCAAUUGGGGGUAUGAUGCCACCACAGCCAGGCAUCCCACAGCAACAAGGAAUGAGACCCCCAAUGCCGCCUCAUGGUCAGUAUGGUGGUCAUCAUCAAGGCAUGCCAGGUUACCUUCCUGGUGCUAUGCCACCAUAUGGGCAGGGACCGCCAAUGGUACCCCCUUACCAAGGUGGGCCUCCUCGACCUCCGAUGGGAAUGAGACCUCCUGUAAUGUCGCAAGGUGGCCGUUACUGAUCUUACUUCAUCCAGUCUAAUAGGUUUGGAGAUUAAACCUUUUCUCAACUUGUGCUGUUUAUAUAGCCAAGCUUCCGUCAAUAAGGCUUCAUUGUGACUUUAACAAACAUUAUCUUCCCACAUACCAGGAACUAUUGGACAUUUAUUUUACAUGGGAAAAAUUAUUUGGAAUAAUAAAGCAGGAACUUUUCCUGAAGUUGCAAUUUAUACUGUAUGGCUUCUUUUUCAUGUUUCAUCUAGGUUUUUAGAAGUGAAGUAUAGUAAAUUUGGUUCGUUAUAUUGUGAAGGCGCUGGAAUUACAUGAACAUACCACCUUAAUAAAGGCAAGUUCUGUAAGCUUACAUUGCUAUUUGUAAAGUUAUGCCUUCACAGCAUUUCAGAUGCUGUUGGACUUCAUGUCCCCAACCUAGCUUGGUGAGGGCUGUAACUGUCUCCAAGUACCUGUACAUUGGAAGUCUGAAUGUGUAACGAUAUUUAAUGUAUUUAGAGUUCCUCAUGUUGCAGGGUUUAAGAAAUCUGACCCACCAAGGUCAUGUGACUUUUCUGUACUGUUAAACUUCAUUGUAAUAAAAUGAGAGAAAAGUUUAUGCCUUUUUAUUCAUAACCCAGCUGUGGACCACUGCCUGAAAGGUUUGUACAGAUGCAUGCCACAGUAGAUGUCCACAUAAUAAAAUUCAUAGCUACCAAUGCAGUUUUGAUAUAUCAUUGGAUUCUGUCUUUGACUUGUAGGUUGUUCCUUAGCUGCAUGUUUUAAACUGGACAGUAUAUGUAGAAUUGUGUGUUAGUCCUUCAGUUGACAGAAAAACUUAGCUAUAGCGUAUGAGUCGUUAACAUGGGUAUGAAAUCUUUAUAUUGUGUUACCUUUCCACCCUGCUUGGUGUCAAUACGUGGUAGAUAUUACAGAUACCUAAAAUGUAAACCUUAAUAUUCCCUACUUAUUGCUGAUGAUGUUUAGAGCCUAGUGCCAGACCUAUUCAUUGCCUUCUGAUUACUUUUGAGACUGAAGUACUGUGUGGACCUCAGAAGCUUUCAGGUGCAAACUUCUAGAAGCUUAGGUGCAUGCAGUAAUAGCCUUUUGUGCUGUUAAUAUAUUCUAAGUGUAAUGGUUAACAGAUGAAUUUAAAUUUUUUUAUUUUAUUAUGUUCCCAUAUUAUUACAUUAUUUCUUUGAUUAUAUAGCUACUUUCUGUUAUUAAGCCUAAAUGGCUUUUUCCUGUUAACCUUUUCACCCUUGGAAAUCUGACUGUUGAACUGUACUCUUGUGGAGAACUUUUCUGUAGAGAUGUUUGCUAUUAUUUAAGUAUCUUGUAUUGCAAGUCUUAUGUAAUAUAACAAUAGCUCUUGUUGACCUUUUUUUGGCAUCCAUUUUUUGAUCUCUUCUUUUGCAAAGUAGUUUAUGGUUAUUUAAGUAUCAUAUGACCUAUAUACAAAGUGUAAUUAUUAAUAUAAUGAACUCUAGUUUUUCUUCAAUAUGAAGUUAAGACUUCUAAGAAAAUGAUGUUUUUUUAUAACCUUUAUGAGAAGGUGUAGGUAAGAGACAGAGAAUCUGAAAUUUUGUUUAAAAAAGAGAGGCUUUAACCUUAUAAGAAAAUACCGAAAGAUGUUUAUCGUAAGAGUCUGUAUGUAAGUUACAAAGCUGAGUGCUAUUAAAUCUCCUAUUUUGCUCCAGUGGUUUUUAUAGCUCCUGUCCUGUAAUAUCAUUGAGGUUCAGAAAUUUCCGUAGUUUGAAAAGUCAACAUCCCAUUAUCACCAAGAAUGCAUUUCUUCCGCCAGCAGCCAAGCUUCUACUCUUUUUCCCACCAAACUACUGCCUACCCAAAUAGGCUUGAAAUUAGGCAUACGCUUACAUUUAGCAGCAUGUUUAUCAUACUGCCAAAAAGUGCUGAAAAUGUUAAAAGGUAAAAAUGGCGUAAUUUAAAUUUAGGAUGAUUAAAUAGGAAGUGUUCUUCCAAACCAAAUGUCUCCUUCCAAACCAGAUGUCUCAAUCAUUUCAUGUACAGGCCUGUCAACAAAAGUACAGGUGGAAUGUGGCAAUGAGGGAGAGGGGAGCAGGAAGAGAGAAAAAUGGGUUGGUGAUGUUUCAGAAAUCAUGCAAAGCUUUAUUUGCAUUUAAUGCAGAGAGAACCAGUAUAUCAAGGCUCAUUGCUUUCUGAGGUCUGAAAGUAGAAAGUACUGUCACAUUAUAGGAAAUACUACAUGAUAGAAGCAUACUUUUAGUUAGAAUGCAAAAUGUUAUGCAUGGCACACUGUCUUUUGCAAAUUGUAUGCCUCAGGUAGUGUCCAUUGGGAUAUUUUUAAUGUGUUAUUUGUGCAUGCAUCAGAGCAUAAGCUUCUAGAAAAUACCUUUUACCUAACUGCUUCUGGGGUCCAUAGUGUGUGGAUAAGUCAUGCGUGGAGCAAAUUACAUUGAAAUAACUUAACUCUUACUUUGACUUAACGCUUUCUCAAAUAAUGGAGUUGAGUUGAAGUAAACUUUAUCCUCCCUCACAGAAGAUAACUUUUGGGACUUGGUAUAUGCAGGCAGGCAUUGCAAUUGCCAUUUCAGGAAGUUUUAAGAUUAACGGGGAUGCGAGCUUUGGCUCUACCUUAGGUUCAUUGUCAGCACUUUUUUAAAAAAACAAAAGAAUUUUGUCUGGCACUAGUUUCUAUUUGUGUAGCAUUAUACUGUUGUGUGACAACAAGAUCAGCAGGUGAGGAUCAACUUUUGAGUAACUGCUGGACUAUCGUUUGAUUUGAAAAUAUUUUAGCAAUCUCACACAUUUACCAUUAGGAGUGGGGUAAAUAUUCUUUGAGCACUAUUCCACUGGUCAAUUACAUAUUGAAUUUAAAUUCAUUUUAAUUAAACUUAGUUAUCAGUGGGGGGAGAUUUCCAAUAAAAGUAUGGGCUCAGAAUGGACUUAUAGUGGACAAUAGUUUUUUGGUUUUUAUUUUUAUUUUUUAAAGAGCUGCUCUUUUUUUCUUUGCUUGCUUGAUCAUUGGGAUUUUUUUUUUUAAUGCAUGUCUUUUAAAUUAAUUGGGUAAUGUUUUUCUAAAAUUAAAAUUUUCUUCUUCCUAUAGCCCUGCCAUAGGACAGGCUGAGGCUGAGUCUCAGUGUUGCCCUGUUCAGUCUGAGGCAAGUGGGAUUUAUUUUAUUCCUUAUAGGGGCUUUCACAGCUUUAUGGCUGUUGGAUAUUUAUGUCCCCAAACUUGCAGCAAGUUUGGUGAAGGCCCCUAAAUUUAAUUAAAUUUAGGAUUUUUAUACUCUUUUGGCAGAGAAGGCUCUAUAUUAAUAUUCACGUUUGACUGUGGUGUUAAUAAACAUAAAAAGUAUUUGACAUAGGUAAUUUUAUGUAAUUUGUGUUUCAUAAUAUUUAACAGCCUCAGUAGAGCUGGUAAUGUAUUGAGCUUCAGUAAAUUGACAAAAUUUGAUGUUCUUGAUUUGGAGGCAUGAAAUGUUUUGUUCAAAUUUUCCCUUUUACUUUUAGGAAAAUCUUACUGGUUAUUUUCUCCUGAAACUAUUAAAUUUAACCUGAAGGAUAAGUUUAAUCAUUGGAAAUGUCACUGGAUACUGAAAUCUGCAUUUUAAUCCCAAAGUUAUGCAUUGAACAUUAAGGUUGAAAGGUCAUCUGGAAAUGCUUGUGAUUUUCAAUAUUUUCAAACCUCACCACAUUAGAGCAAAUGUUAAUGUAGAGCCCUGUGAAGAGUGGGGAAGAUGGUGUGUGUGUGUGUGUGUGUGUGGUAUGUAUGCAUAUACACUACACAUUUGAUAUACAAGAUUGGGUAUUACAGACUUAACAGUACGGUUAGAAUACUAAUUUCCAGGCAGCCAAAUUGAAAUUCUGUCACAUGGUAAAGUUAGUAUAUUGAACUAUGGUGUGGGGAUGGUUAUUUUGAGUUUCAUUUUUAUACUUACUGAACAAUACCUUAUGCAAUAUGCACACAUGAAAAGCAUCCAUGUUGUUUCCAACUAAAAAUUACUUUUAUUUGGUGAGAAAAGUUGUGUUUAUGUGUGUAUGUUGUAGGGGGCAAGUAAAGAGGGAACUUGGAAGGGAGGCCAAAAUAUUAAUAUUACAUUUUCCUUCCUUUGUUAAAACCACUGUUCUAUACAGGUAGCAUUUUCCUCUGAAAACUAACAGUUAUACUACAUAGUACAGUAUUUAGCAAAUCUGGGCUUGUGUUUCUAUGUGGUUUUAAUUCUUGGAAGCAUAAAGAAAAGAUACGCAUUAAAUGAAUUCCAAAUUUUCACCUGUGUAAUUAGAACACACGCUUUUCUCUGUAACUGGAUCAUGGAAAAAAGAUUUUAAUGUUUGAAAAAGGAAUUGUGUUGCAAGGAAAAAUUGCGUUGGAAUAUUUUAUAACCUACUUAGUAAAUUGCUCUUUUUAAGACUCCUUAGUUGGAGAUGUUUUUCUGUUACAUCUACCAUCCCCCAGUAUACUGAAAUAUUCAAGAGUGAAGUAGCUUAUUUUAAUUCUAAUAGUGAUUGUUGAAUAAUUAUAAUGAAAUAUACUUACACACUUGAAUACUGAAAUGGGAGGGAUUUUUGUUGAAGGUGAUAUAGAUGUCUAAAAUGUAGUUUCUUUGAUCUCUGUAGUUUUGCAACUUAGACAAAUAUAAUUUUGAGAAUUACUUAACUUUCAGGUAUCUAUUCUGUCCAUUGGUAAAAGUUGGUAAAUUACUGAAAGGAGAUGUUGAAGACGCUUCUUUACUGAGAUAAAAUUUUGUUGGAGUAAACUGACACUUGUAUUAGUUAGAGGAUUUUUUAAAAAAUAGUAAACAUGUACCCUAAAAUUUUGCGUAAAUCAGGUGUGUCUUUUUCAAAAGGUGGUAUCUAUCUAAUUGAAUAACCUUUGUAUGUUAUUCCAAAAUGAAACUGGUUCUCUCUUACUGUAACUUUUAUGGAACUCUUCUAAGAGAAAGGAUUUCAUUAUAAGACUAUUGACUAUAAGGAAGAGUUUUGUAAGUAAACAUUCUCCCAACUAUACUGCUGCUUGCUUUCUCAUGAUUUGAAUAUUAGUGUAGGUUCCUCUCUUUUUUAGCAUUCUUAGUGUUUUGUUUUCUGUCAUCUGAAUCAUUUUAAUAAAUAAUGAUUUGUUUUUAUAGCAUAGAAAGUAUCUUAACAUUUCUGUGUGGUAUUUACUGGCAUUGAAUAAUGUUAUAGUUUCAUGCAUAUAGUGGAUAUUCACAAUUUUUGUAAUGUUAAAUUUUCAGGAUUAUACUUUUAAUAUCUUGGCUCUUAGGCAUUGCUUACUAUGAACCUAAUUCAAAUUAAUGCAUAGUAAAUGGGGAAAGCAGGACCUCAGUUUGAGUUCCCCAAUACUUUGAAUAUCUCCAACACUUCCAAUUAUUUUCCUGUUCUCACUUGGCAUUUUUGUUGGAAAACGAGUUUGAAAAUAGCAUUUUUUUUUUUUUUUAAACUAGGUAUCUUCAGUAAUGCUCAGAGGAAUCUUGCUUUUUAUAAGCAUUGUUUUUCCUCCUCUGGGCUUUAAAUAUUUUUGCAUAAUAAUUUGGCUGUGAAAGGAAGAUCUUUUCAUUUUUUUCCCAAGUGGAAAAAUAAUAGCUUGAAACUUUAGUUUGAAAUUUUUGAACAUCUCUCUUUACAUCUAUUCCAUUAAUCUUAGGUAUUGUCAGGGGAAGUUGUAUUUUACUAGUCAGGGUGUAGAAGUCAUAUUGAGGCAAAAAUUGGAGACCCAGAGAGGAGAUCUUGACUGAAGCUAAUUUGAACUAUUUCUAUUUGAAGCAAAUUGAACACUGUAUUAUAAAUGAAGACUGGCCCAUGGUUAGGUUCUUUAGGAGGUGUAUAAUCACCAGCUAUAUUAUGAGAACAUUGUGUAUAGGUUGUAAUUUUGGUCAAACUUACAGAGAAGAUACAUGAGAGUAAACUGUUUUAGCAAUUGAUUACUUGGACCCCAACCAUUAAUUCCCAAUGCCGUGAUGGUUGUAGGGUUCAUUAGCACAGCUUCUGCAGUGUGUUGUUUGGUCCAGAGGUUUAUGUAAUGAUUUGUUUAUAAAACGGGGAAGUCGUUUAUUGGAAUUCUCCAGGCUCUUUGGCAUUCUUAGUGUGUCGGGGGUGAGGGUGGGGUGUCUUUUUUAACACCAUUGUUAUAGUUUAAAAUUGUAUGCCUUCGUUUUUUGGUUAAAAAUAAGGAGCUGGCAGUGAAAUUCAUUGAUGCCCAACUUGUUUCCCCAGUUUACUACACACAAAUCAGUAAUUUGGGAGAGACCAUUGUAUACUGUUAGACUUUAAGAACCUUAAAUGUAAUGCAAGAUGAUGGCAUUCUGACCUUGCAUUUGUUAUUAAAGAUUUCACCAAAUCAUUCAUUAUAGAGUAGGUCAUUCUUAACAUUUUAUUCAUAUUAGUUUGGUAGAUGAAAAUAAGUAAGAUUUGCCACAUCGUUUCCCAAUCUCUACUAAUAAAGCAAGGCUGCUUAACUACCCAGAUGGACCAAGAAGAGUUAAUAUUCUGAAAGUUGAAGUUAGACACAUAUGGAGUAUGUGUAGUUAUUGAGCAAAGCCUCCCUCAGGCUUAGUAGUGUAUUCCUAGGAGAAGUAAUAGAAUUUACUUUUCAGACCAUUUUAUUUUAUUUUAUUUUAUUUUUUUAAUUGAAAAUCUUUAUGGAAGUAGAAUCAAGUCUUGUAAAAAUUGAAUUUAAAAUAUUAAAAACUGCUUGUCUCUGUGGCAUAAGUCUACAUACACUUAAACUAAAAAUUACUGUGCAGAGAUUUCCCUAGCUAUAUUUGCCCACCCUCCCCCUUUAGAGUAACCCAGAUUUUCACAGUACAUGUGUUGGAACACAAAGUUUACUAAAAUUGAGAUGUGUCCAGAAGAUACACAGUGUUAACAGCUCAUUAUCAAAAGGUCACGAAAUUUAAUAGCCAAUGUAAGGUACUUUUGUGAGAUUUAGGGAAGAUUUCUUGAAUGUAUUACUGUCAGGCUCUGAGGAAAUUAAAUGCACAUUGACUUUUUAAACUAUGAAUUGAACUCCUCAGUUUAAUACAAUUUGUGUUUUUGUUAACUAGCAGCAGAAUUUCAGCAUUUGCUACUUACUGGUAGAGAAGAAAAAUCCCACAGCCCUGCCAGUACAGGUUAGUUUAAUCUGUAAGUACCUGAUAUUCCUAUUUUUUUCAAACAUAUCCAUAUAACCCACACAAGGAAGAAAGCUGUGCAGUUACUUAAAUGUGAGUAUAACUAAUAAUAGAUCCAUUGGACACUUUCAGACACUUAGUACUUGGGCCAAAGUAGCUUUAGGUUUGCUCACCUUAGUUAUAAUAAAGGUAGUAUUAUGCUCCUUUAUUACCUGGUUAUGGUUGAACCUAAAUAGAUACAUAGAAGGAAAAGAAAGUGAAAGUUUCGAUUGGCUAAAUGCUCAUGUUGGUAUAUGGAGUGCAGGGUUUUGGGUUUAGGGUCUCUUAAGCCACUCCUGUGGUGGUACCUUUUAACUUUUUACAGUAUGAAUCAAUCUAGGACAAAAGUCAAGUUUCCUCACCUCUAGUAGUGAUAAAUGGUAUGCAGUCAGAAGCUAUAAAAUACUUUUAUACUGCUUUUUUGUUCUUAAAUGUUUUAGUAACUCCUGCUGGAAAUAAGUACUAAUUUUGUUCAUCUUUAUAAACUAUAAUCUGUUCUGUUGAUGCACUACCAUGGUGGGUUCAUUUUACUUUGAAUUAAGAAUAACUUUUUAAAUAUUCAAAUGAAAGCUGGCUACCCAUGAAGAAAUCUAGAUAGGUUCUUUGUGUAUUCCUUUUGAGGAACAGUGAGGACGCAACAGGUGUUAUGUUGAAGUUUUUAUUUCCAUUGAUUCUACCAGAAUUCAUUGUUGUAUUGAACCAUCCUUGAGUGAUUUCCUUUAACCUUUAUAUAUUGUGCUCUAAUGUUGAUAACAAAUUUAAAUAAUGAGGAGAGAGAAAGUUUGUGCAAGCCUGGACCAUUUUUCCAAUCUGUAUGGCUUCGUGUUGACCUUAAGUGUAAUGGUGUCUAGAAUGAAAUAUUCUGUCCAUGAAACUAGCUGAUCUUCUUUUAAACUGGAAUGAUUAGCUACUGAAAACAUCACUUAAUGUUGUUUCUAUAAAAGCCAUGCAUUCAAUUAAGUUUUUUUUUAAAGUUCAAACUGACAGUUAAAUAUAUUUCGUAAGAUAGCCACUUAUUUUUUUUAGUAUAUAAGAUUGCCUAAGGGCUUAAGUUUCAUUGCCUUUCACAGUUUAAUCUGUAUAAGAAAUGGCGUAGAAUACAGUGGAAAUGGUUUUCCUUAAAACCAUCUCUUUAAAGCUGCUUUUCUGGUGAGUACUAUUUUAUACUUUUAUACAUCACUAUUUUUCCAUUUUGAUUUAACUCAAAAGUUGGACACUUGAUGAAAGUGUCUGAAUUUCUUACACUCUCUAACUAUUCCUGAAUCAAGGAUGUUAAGAAAGUGAUUAUUUUAAAUCCUGACAUUUUCCUGAUAGUCUGGGCUUACUUUUUUCCCUGACUUUCACUUAAUGGACUGUAACUGCAAAAACUAUGAAUCUGGUGAGAUAGGAAAAUGUUUUUACUCAAAACUAAUAUUUUCUAAAUUGACAACGAAAAAUGUUUUUUUCCUCAGUGUUUUUGGUUCCCGUGUUGCAUAGCUAUUAAAUUUAAAGACCAGAAUUUCUGUCCAUCCUUGUUGAAGCUGCUUUCGAAGUGAUUCUUGAGCAGUCAAGCUAAGAGUAGAGUUGAAGGAAGGUUUGCCUAAAAUGGUCAGGCAGACUAGUCCUUAGAGGAGUCUCAAGUGAGGCUUAAAAAUUUCCAGUGUGUUCUUACAUCACUCUAACCUUGCAUGAAAAACUUGUUGGAUACUGGUUUCUGGGACUGUGUAUACCAUUGAAAAUUAGCCUGAGUGUAUUUCUAACUACCUCAUCCCCUGUUUAAUCCCCUUCCUCAUUGUAACACAUGGGUUUUUUUUUUCCCUUCCAGCUUUUAGCCACAUCCUAGCUAAUGUCAAUAUAUACUAAGGAUGUUUUCACAUUGUAUUUCCUGCUGUGAUCUUUGUAAGCCAGUAAUGAACAGUCAAUUCGUGCUUUUUAAAAAGUAUCAACAAUGAUAAUCUAAAAUAAAUCUGAAAAUUUUUGUAUCUGAGUAUGUGAUAAUGGUGAUGUAUUCUUCUAGAUAAGCACUAAACAAAGUAUGGACCCUCAAUUUAUGUCUUUAAGAUUUAAAAUGAAGUAAAUUUCUAAGGAACUCUGUCCUUUCCUAGCAAGGAUAAACAGACACUGAAAAUUUGGUAAGUAUGUAACUUUAAAUGCAUGUAAUAGUGAUAAAAGUAAGUAACCAAAUUUCCAUGGUUUAAGAUACUAAUUAGACGUGAAUAGGAAUUCUUCAGUCUACUUUGGAAUUUAAUGUGUGUAUGUCUAGCAUUUUUACAAAUUUGUGUGCACACUGAUUAAAUUGAAAUACACCUUA